AUGGGGCAGGACCUCCCACACUACCAGCUUCUGGUCGCUCCCCAGCGGGGACCUUAUACUUCAGGCCAAGUUUCCUACCAUCAUCUCCUUCAUCAAGUAUUGCCCCCUCCUCUGGCUACUACCCAGCCCCAGGCUUUACCCCAACCAUCCCGAUCCACACAGGAAAUCACUACCACACCGCCAGCCCCAAUCCCUGCGCAGGUAACUUGCACUGAGGCGGCUACUUUUCCUGUUUCAAAGCCUAUCCUAUCUGGCGGUGCUGCACAUGCGCAUUCUGGAAUGGCCGCGGGCACCAGGACAAAGACAGUUGAGGUCGAGGUUGCAUCUGUGAUGCAGGCCAUGGUUGCCGUCUCUGCGCCCAAUCCCCAACCCCCAGCUGUCAAUCAGGCACAGCAGGAUCCUCAGCGACCCGAGUCAGCUCACAAACACCCAACGGACCCCUAUUCCCUCGUUGCUGAGCCCAACCCAUCCGACCAGCAGGAAUUGCUUCUGUCAUGCCCCUCAGUAUCUCCACCUCCUUUGCCCAAGAACCCCCCUCCUUUACCAAUAAAUCCUCCCAGUGGUAUUCCUCAAGGAGGAGUUCCAAUUCCCAUCAACUCAGACGUUUGGACCAUACCACCCAAGUCUACCAUAUGGGCUGUCAGUGAUCCCUUGGCUUUUGUGUUCACCAAACAGACCGUCGCUAGAAAGACAAUCAACAACAACAAUGUUCCGGACAUUUAUUGCGCUAUGCUCAACCUCCUGUGGCUGCAAAGCCACCGCACCGAUCACGCUGUGUUGGAAGUUGAACCAACCCCCAGCCUGCCUUUCAGAAUCCUUCCAAAGAGCAAGCUGCGAGUCCAUACUUGGCUAGAUAAGCCACCAAAGCUUAUCAAACAAGGCCCAUCCAACAAGGACGCUCACACACAGUACGUGCAUGAGAUUCUAGGCAUUUUCUCCCACAGCACGACACCAAAAAUUGACCAAGGUGUCCGGUACGUCCUGGCCGCAGUCGUGUACUGCAAGAUGGAGAAUGUGGAUAUACAACCACCAACCCCUGUGACUCUCACUGAAUGUCCCAACAUCAAAAUUGAGAAUGGACACAAAGCUGUGCAUCGUUAUCAUCAACCUCAGCUCUGCACAAGUAGCACCAUUGCCUGA